AUGUCGCUCGACCACGUCGCUAUCCGCGUCAAGGACUACCCCGCCGCCAAGGCCUUCUACACGACCAUCCUCGCGCCGCUCGGCAGCACCAUGCUCAACGAGCCCGCCCCGCACGUCUGCGGUUUUGGCAAGGACGCGCCCACCUUCUGGAUCUCCACGUGCCCCGAGGGCAACCCCGGCAACAUUGACACUCCCACGCACGUUGCGUUUGCGUGCAAGAACAGCCACGAGGUCGAUGCGUGGUACGACGCCGCGAUCAAGGCCGGCGCGACGUGCGAUGGCAAGCCCGGCAUCCGCGCCCACUACCACCCUGGCUACUAUGGCGCGUUUGUCCUCGACGCCGACGGACACAAGAUCGAGGCCGUCACUCACACCGGCGUCGCCAAGUAA